AUGUGGAGUGUCUGCGUCUCGGCACGAUGUCACGGCGUCUUCCCCCGGUUAACCGUGAGCGCGCUCUGCAAAGGAGGCUGGAGAGCAUCGAGUGGGGCAGCCAAGGAUCGUGAACCUCUGAAGAAACCAAAUACCCCUCAGGGUCGCUUUGACCAAGCAGAGAAGGUGGACCAGGUCUUGGAGAAGUUUCCUGAGGAUAUAAAUCCUGCCACCAAGGAGAAGGGUGGCCCACGCGGCCUGGAACCCACCCGCUAUGGAGACUGGGAGCGGAAGGGCCGCUGUUGUGCACUGUACCGGGCGGAGAGGAACCACGGGGGCCUGAGGACCGACACUUCGGUUUCUCAGGCUGAUGGACGUGAGGGAAAGAUCUCUGCAGUCCAGCUCCUCACGGGUCAUCAGUACAGAGUGAGACGUCCAUUGUUCACUCCUCAGCAUACUUCCAUUCUAAAGAAAACUCAUGUGGCAGACAGAACAUUACAGAAGGAUACACACACUGUGGAUGACAACCUGACUGCGAUGAGGCCCCUGCUCAGCCCCCAGACAAAUCUCUCUCCAUCAGGCAAGCUGAGCACGAUUGCUUUCCUCCCCAGCUGCAGUACUCCUGAGCUCAAACUCUACUCAGACCCUGUCCCACUGCCCUACCCCCUGAGCUCCCCUAUCAGACCCCCACUGUGUUCCCCGGUGCUGCACCCCAGGUACAGCCCUCUCUCCGGUCUCAGAAGGACACAACCUCUCGAGGGCACCUCUAGUACCUCAUAUCAGGCUGAAUACUGGGCCUGUGCCAUUCCCAAAGACCCCCCGCCCUCACCGUCUGGAGCAGACCCUCACCAAGACUACGAGGCUCUGCUGGACUACACCUACCCUUUGAGACCUCAGGCUGGGGAAUGGACCUUCCAAGACUCAGGGAUUGAAGUGGAUCACCUCUCCACAGGCCUGUCUGAGCUCAACCUGUCCUUUGGAGCCAAACAUCAUCCAAAGGACCCUCUAUGUUUAAGUCCAGACUUGAUAGAUAGCAUGCCGCAUUUCUCCACAACAGACCGUGUAUUAUCAGUGGAGGACCUGAAGUGGAGUCCUCAGAGAGACACAGCUGUGCCCUCCAUCUCUGCCUCACUCAUAACUCUGCCUUGGGACAGAGGGUUUCAAGACGACGAGGAGUUCAGACCCCUCCCAGAGAAGCUAGAACUGCUCCAGCAGCUGUCACAGCAGGUUUAUGAGGCAGCCGCUCUUCUACACCCUGCACACCGCUACUCCUCUACGGGACAGGAUGCUUUUGACGCCACAGACGGGAACCUCAAAAAAGAGGACAAACUAUGUACUGCAGUUUUAGAUAUGGGGGACUCUGUGAGUGGACCAGAGGAGCACAGCUCACUCAUGGAGCACAUCAGUGUGUUCUGCAGUCACCUGGAGCAGCUCGUCCGCUGGCUUUACGUCGCCUCACAGAAGAUCGAGCACCUGGUUCCACCCACUGUGGACAUUCACAGUGUCAAGUCCUCUCUGGCUCAGUACCAGACUUUUCACCGAGACGUGAACAGCCACAUGCCCCUGACUUCCAGCGUUCUACAGACCGGACGCCUCCUGCUCAGCUGCAUCCAUAGCACCUCCCCAGUGCUCAGAGACACCUUGCUGCUGAUUGAAAGCCAGUCCAGACUUCUGGAGACGCAUACAGAGGACUUCUUCUCUUCCAUCCUCGCUGCAAUGGACAGCCUGACUCAACCUGCACCAACGGCACCAGACAGGGAGCCUGAAGCCCAGAGCCGUGUGGCAUAA